UCAACUUAUGGCAGGCUCAAAUCCACAGGAAGGACUAGGGGAUGAGUUCUUUGAGCAGAUCCUGGCUGUGCCACCUGGACCUUACUCCGGUGGCUCCAUGCCCAUGGUCCUGCAACUCGGCUCCGGCCGUGGCCGCGGCGGCGAAGACGGCGGCGGCGGGGGGAUGAGGGGCAUGGGGGUGAUGAUGCCCUUGGGGCUGAAUUUGGAGCAAGGUGGAUUGUUUAGGCAUGAAGAUGUCGACAACAGUACCAGUGCAUCUCCCACCACUUCUGCCAUUAAUAUGGAGAGAGACGCAGGAGUCCAUCACAACAACAUGACAAGCUGCUUGUUCCCAGCAUUUGGACAGUUUCAGGCUCAGUCAGUUCAGCCACCUCCUCCCCACCCGCCCCCGCCUCCUCAACUUCACCCGGCCUUCUUGAAUCAGCCCACAGCGGGAUCGCCGAACCCGCCUGCUAUACGCCCGAGGGCACGAGCUAGACGAGGGCAAGCCACGGAUCCUCACAGCAUCGCUGAGCGGUUGCGCCGAGAAAGAAUUAACGAAAGAAUGAAGGCAUUGCAGGAGUUGGUUCCCAGUUGCAACAAGACGGAUAGAGCAGCCAUGCUUGAUGAAAUCGUGGAUUAUGUGAAGUUCUUAAGGCUCCAAGUCAAGGUCCUAAGCAUGAGUAGAUUGGGCGGAGCCGGUGCCGUGGCUCAACUUGUAGCUGAUGUACCCGUCUCAUCAGCUGAGGGCGAGAUCAUUGAAGGCGGGAACAAUCAACCAGCGUGGGAGAAGUGGUUGACGGACGGCACGGAGCAGCAAGUGGCUAAGCUGAUGGAAGAAGAUGUUGGGGCUGCCAUGCAGUUCCUCCAGUCCAAGGCGCUCUGCAUCAUGCCCAUUUCGCUCGCCUCCGCAAUCUUCAGCACGAGCCAACCAGACAUGCCUCGGUCCAUCAAGCCUGAAUCCAGCACCCCUUCCUGAAGCACCCUGAACAGGUGCCUGGCGACCUCAUAGUUGCAACAACACCUCGGGUUUCUCAGGUCCGACCUCUUCGAGACCCUCCCCAAGUCAAUGUAGCUCCUUUUUUCCAACCAAGUUGCUUAGUGCCCUGCUGUUCAUAGUUCACUGUCGCUGUCUUAAAAUCGGUGUGAACUUGUGGUCCUCAUGCCUUUAUCAGAGUCCCAAAAAAUGCAUCAGUUUCAUGUUUUUCAAUUCAUCCAAUG